UAAGGAAAAUUUGCAGAAAUGGAGUCGCCACCGAUGUUUAAUAGUGUGGAAGAUGAGUGCAGAUAUUGGAAGGAACGAUCUAAGCAGUACCACAAAGAGUGGACAGACGUAAAACAGGAGUACGACGAGUUCGUGGAGCAGUCCCGCGAAAUGGAAAUAGAAAUGGACGCAACUCUGGAUCAGAAGCAGAGUAUAAUCAAAGAUCUCACAGCCAAACUCACAAUGUUUGAGCGGGAAAACGAGUCUCUAAAGCUCAAGUUGGAAUCGCAUGGCAUCGAUAUGUCAAACAUGGAGAAGCAGCUAGAAACGGUGAAGAAGGAUCGUGACACCAUGAAGGUGUAUCUGCGGCAGCUGGAGCAGAAAAACGACGAUUUGGAGCGUGCCCAUCGUAUACUUAACGAAAGCAUAGAGAAUUUCGAGAAGAUGCUGGAUCAGGCCUACGAGAAAAACGCCCUCCUGGAGCUGGAAGUGGAUGAAAAGGGCUUGCUGCAGGAAAAACUACAGCGAUUAAUGGAUGAGACGAGAGAUCUCAAGCAAGAGCUGAACGUCAAGUCACGCUUUACCCCAGUGGUCAAUGGAACGAGCAUUCCCACGGCAAACGACACAAAUACGGUCAACAGCUCGAUGAACUCGUCCGCCUCGCUGCCAAAUGGUAUUGUGGCCAAUGGCGAAUUGGUAAAACACGACAAUGCUGUCGCCACAAGAGCCACCAGCGUCAGCGUCAGCGCCCUCAAUGGCAGUUUAGUUAAUAGAAACGAAUAUAACCAGCAGCAUUCGCUUAAGAAUCCCGAGAACCAAAUCAAUGGCAAUUCCAUGAACCCCAGCUCCCGCACAACGGCGCUCAACAUUGUGGCCGACAUGUUAAGAAAACUAAACGCGAUGGAAACGAAACUGAAGACGUACCGCGAGAAUGGCCAGCCCAUGCCGCAGCGACAUCGCUCCUCCCAGCAAUCCACACAUCCGGCGCUGGCCGGACUGCCUUGCCUCUCGCUGGAUGCCGAGUAGUGAGGAUUUCGCAGCUCAGCGUGAUCCACAAACCCAAAUCCGAAACCCAAUCACCUAGGGCGGGAUACUGUUCAGUUGGCUUUACGUUUACGUUACGUUACUUUAAUGUUACUGUUCGCAUUAAUUAAGCUUCUGCUGCCUCUUUAUUUAUUUGAACUAAAAUGACUUUGUAUAAAACACUUGCGAUAUUAUGAAUUACACAACAGUUGAUGUUGUUGUUUCGAGCCCAACAUAUAUAACAUGCCUUAGUACGAAUUAAGUGUAUACCUAAGCUAAGUACCCACUCGGUUCACUUUUGACUUGAAUUGUUAACUCGAACGCAAUUGUUUUGGCAUACAAUGUGUUUAGCGACUAAGUUUAAAGUUUAUCAACCAGCAAAACAAGCGAAGAAGCUCUGUCCAAGUAUUAAACUUCAAGCGGACAACCAAUA